AUGACCAAGUUAUUUGUCGGAGGCCUUUCAUGGUCAACUGAAGAAGAUUCCCUAAGAAACAAGUUUGAGGAAUUUGGUGCAGUAGAGGAAGCAGUUGUUGUACGAGACAGAGAAACCGGCCGAAGCCGUGGAUUUGGUUUUGUGCGCUACACAUCCGAUCAGGAUGCCGAGACAGCUAUCACUGCCAUGAACAAUAUUGAGUUCAACGGACGUACUAUUCGCGUAGACAAAGCAACAGAACGCGGAUCAGGUGGCCGCCAAAACGGUGGUGGUGGUUACGGCGGCGGUGGCGGCGGUGGAGGUGGUGGUUACCGUAACAGUGGCAACGACGGCUACGGUGGCGGCGGUGGAUACAAUGGUGGAGGAGGUGACGGCAAUUACAACGGAGGUUACAAUGGAGGUGGAGGCGGAGGCUACCAAAGUGGAUACGGCAACCGCGGCUACCAAGGAGGAAACGGAUCCGGACAUGGCGAUGGUGGCUACGGAGGUGCAUAA